CCUUUCGUUACACCAACGUUCGUUUUUAUCCACCAGGCGGCGAAAAUUGUCGGAUUUUCCGGUAGCAUAACCAACCUCGGCCACCUGAGACUAUUCAGUGCAAUGUAUGUCGCCCGGAUUACCAGCAAAGAGAUGCAAACUGCCCUAUCGGCAGCGAAACUUCAGGAUCAGUAUCAGCAGGAAGAACGGCAAUUGGAGGAAUCGCGCUUGCCACAGUCAAACUCCGCGAAGAGCCGAACGUGGCUUUCACCUUCUCGAAGUCCCAGCUCGCCUGAUCAGCAAGAAUGCGAGUUUUGCCGGAAACUUUCAAAAGGCAUACCUUGCUGUUUUUAUCUCCGAAAAAAGGCGCGUAAGGCUCUGCACUUGAAAUUCGUCGAGUGCCGAGUAUUUUUGUUUGACCAGUCGCUUCUAAUCACGGAUGAUGAAGCCAGUACCGAACCGGGCUCUGCUGGCCGUUCGAUGAACCGUUUUGUUGGUGAUUUCGGACGAGUCAUACGCGGUUCUCGAUCAUUGACCUACCGUCUCGCCGACUCUCCCAGCGAACGAGGUGCCUCACCGCAGUCACCACCGCCUACGUGGCCGUCCAAAGGCAGUUUCGAAACCAUGUAUUCCCGCUGCUCAGCAAAAAGUCGCGCCGUUCGCGCUACCUCGGUUUCCCGCGUCAUCUCCUCAUCAUCCGUCGGAAGUGAUACCCGGACUACUAGCGCACGUAGCGCUUUUCAUUUGCGCCGGCAUACCAGCGCUAUCCACACGGAGCCUGAACAUCGCCGCACCAUGUUAGCUCCGACCUCCCCUAUCGCUGGGAUUACACCCAGCACGCCCACGUUAAAUGAUCCCUUCCGACAGUCCUCCUACACCUUCCAGCAUGCUAUCAAAGUUAACAGAAUGUCUUUCAUGGUAAGUGCAUGGAUGUUGCAUGCUUACCAUUCUCCCCACUGGCUCGCCUCCGAACUUUCCGUCCGCAAUCUCUUUGCCGAGUCUUUCUUAUUCGACGCUGCUACUGAUGAAUCCAACAGCUUUCUGCGAAGACAGAGGAAUUUGCAGAAACUCAGCAAAUUGCGAUUUAUUGGCUAUUCGUUCCCCGAAUCGGAUAAAGAAAUACAAGACUCUGAAUCUCCAGACGGCACUGAGACCACAUAUGAAGUGGAACCUCUGCAUGGAGAGAGGGUGGCAGGCGAUGAUAAGUCUUCACCGCUGUCCUCUCCACUGCUUGCAGACAGUCUGUGUUCCUGUCCCUCGUACGUUCUAUCCACUUCAGACAAUGCAGAUCGCCUGUGGUUUGCCGUGGCAGACGAAUCCCCUGGCUCAGACGCCGUCUUCAUUUUCGAUCCGGGCUCGCCACCAGUUCGAGAUGUCUGGUUGACGGAACUGAAGGAUAUUCAGCAAAUGCAGGCGGACAUUCAGCUGGCGCUGCAGAAUCCCAAGCGCUUUCUUGCCGCAAUUCGACGACAGCCACACUCAAUGGUGUCACUGACUAGCAGUGUUUACGAACACAAACCUCGGCUUAAAUAUCAAUCCUCCGCCUUAGAGUUGCGAUCGCAUGCAAGUCCACAUCCAUGGUGUUCUUUGGAAAAAGACCAUUCAGAUCCGAAACCAUUGCACAUACGUGGUGUUUCGGCACCAACCAUGACGAUUAAAAAGGAAGACAGUUUGGAGGAAAUAACGAAAAUCAACGCGAUUAGUUUUGCAAAUCCGAAAGAAUGCACUUGCGGCCGAGCACACAAGAACUACUAA